AUUUUGGAUAACGUUUGUUUUUGUCCAUAAAGCUUACUGAGGAAUAAAAUAUUUUCACAAGAUUUACGCGUUUAAAGGAGCAAUUAGACAAAAAUGGAAGCAAACGAACUUAUGGGUGAAGGUGGAGAAACCCCAUUACAAGAUGAACAGGACUUUGACUACCAAUUGCAACAGAAUGGAGAGGGUGGGCGCACUGAGGAAGACAUGGAAGAAGAUGGGUCACAGGAUGAGGCUGAGCGUAUGUCUACUCACAGUGGUGCAGACUCCCCAAUGGGUUCCCCACCCCCUUCUCCAGGCUUCGCCUCACCUCGUGACAGUCCCCCAGGAUCACCCACUCAAUCACAGGGCUCACCCAUAGGGAGCCCGGAUGCAGACCAAGGUGGCCCAAUAUCACCAACGGGGUCAUUCGACAACAGUCCUCCACAGUCUCCAAGAUCUCCUGCAGGCAGUGAUGGCCCUGGAAGCCCUCAGAGUGGUGCUCACAGUCCAGCUGGCUCCCUUGGACCUCAAAGUCCAGGCUCACCUGACCAGCCCAUGUCCCCAGGGGGCAGUAUGGGUUCAAGGUCACGUUCCCCCUCACCAGGGUCAGGGCCACAAAGUCCACCUAACUCUCCCCGUUCACCAGCUGAGAGCCCAUCUAGGUCACCUUCCCCACUUGGGAACAGAAGUAGGUCAGCCUCACCCACUGGAGAAAGAAGUAGGUCUGGCUCACCCAUUGGCCACAGAAGUAGAUCAGGAUCACCCCUUGGGGAUCAAAGUAGAUCAGCCUCACCCCCAGGAAACAGAAGUAGGUCAGCCUCACCCAUUGGCCACAGAAGUAGAUCAGGAUCACCCCUUGGGGAUCAAAGUAGAUCAGCCUCACCCCCAGGAAACAGAAGUAGGUCAGCCUCACCCCUGGGAGACAGAAGUAGGUCGGGCUCCCCAGGUGGACCUCAAUCUCCUGGAUCUCCCGCAGAUGGCCCAGCAUCUCCAGUAGAGAACAAUAGUGCCCCAAGGUCACCUGAUGGAAGUCCAGGUGAAAGGUCAAGGUCACCAAGUCCUGAUGGUGUUCAAAGGUCAAGGUCAAACUCACCCACAGGAAGUGGAGACAGAAGCAGAUCACCCUCGCAGACAUUCAAUAAAAGUAGAUCAAGAUCAGGCAGCCCUGCUAGUAAGGCGAGCAGAUCUAGAUCAGGAAGUCCAGCCAGUCAGAGGAGUAGGUCAAGGUCUCAGUCUGGCUCACCAGCAAGAAGCAGGUCACGCAGUGGAAGCCCAGCAAGUCAGAAGAGUCGCUCUAGGUCUGGCAGUCCUGCAAGUCAAAGAAGUAGAUCUGGCAGUCAAAAAAGCAGGUCCCGCUCGGGGAGUCCAGCAAGUCAGAAAAUCAGGUCACGGUCGGGAUCAGGCAGUCGAGGAAGUAGGUCUGCGUCGGGGAGCCGAGCAGGUAGUAGGGCUAAUAGUCCUGCCAGGAGCCGGUCUGGAAGUCGGUCCCGCUCUGGUAGCCCAGCUAGUGCAAGGUCAAGGUCAGGCAGUCGUUCAAGGUCAGGAUCUCCUGCCAGCAAUAGAAGCAGAUCUGGUUCUCGUAGCAGCCGGUCAAGAUCAAGGUCUGUCUCACCAGCCCCCUACAGCCCCCUUGGGAGCAGAGCAGGGUCCCCGGCCCCUAGUGACAAGGAUGGUAGCGACAAGGAGGAUCUGGUUGCAGACAUUUUCGGCUCCAGUGACGAGGAAGAAGAGUUUGAAGGUUUUGGAGAGGCAGACGUUGAGGCUACUGCAAGGAAAAAGGAGAAAAAAGCGACAAUCCUGUCUGAUGAUGAGGGAGAAGGCUUGGCAACGGGAGAGUCAGAGGGGGCUGCUGCUGCUGCCCCGGAUGUUGACUCAGAUGACGAAAGUAUUCGCAAGGAGCAUGAGUUGGGUGACUUUGUGUCAGACUUUGACAUGAUGAUGGCUAAGAAGAAAGAGGAGAUGCAGAAACGCCGAAGGAAGAGGAAAGACUUCGACCUGAUUAACGACUCAGAUGAUCUCAUUGCAGACAUGAUCAACAAGAUGAAAGUUGCAGCCGAGGAGGAUCGAGGCUUGAACAUGGAGAAAAAGCCAGCCAUACGUAAACUCAAAUAUCUGCCUACUGUGGUCUCUCAGCUGAAAAAAGCUGACUUACAUGGUGCGUUUUUGGACUGUGGAAUUCUGAAUGCAAUGACUGAAUGGUUGGCCCCUUUGCCGGAUAAGAGUCUUCCCAACCUCCAAAUCAGAGAGGCGCUACUGAAAAUAUUACAACAGUUUCCCAGUGUAAACCCCGGAGCCCUGAAAACGAGCGGUAUUGGCAAGGCGGUCAUGUACCUCUACAAACAUCCCAAGGAGAUUAAAGAAAAUAGAGAGUGUGCAGGAAAACUUAUUAACGAGUGGUCACGACCACUGUUUAACCUGACAUCCAACUACAAGAGUCUGUCAAAGGAGGAGAGAGAACAACGAGACUACGACCAGCUUCCAAAACGACGCAGGACAAGUUUGGAGGAGGGAGGUAUGACACCCAGGAAGGAUCUUGACAAGUCCAUGGCUGAUGAACAAAAAGCAUUGCGUCCGGGUGACCCUGGCUGGAUCUAUCGUGCCCGUGUACCUAUGCCAUCCAAUAAAGACUAUGUUAUACGGCCCAAGUGGAAAACAGAGGAAGAGGGAUAUGAGGAAACUCCUGUUAAAAGGGGUAACAGUAAAAAGGAGCCUUCAAGAUACGAUAAACAGGUGCGAAAGUUUGCUGAAAAGAAAAAGAACAAUAAAAGCAUGCGGGCUGUGACGAUUAGCAUUGAAGGACGGAACAUGGCCUUGUGAUCUCAGAGUGAUUGUGUUCGUUGGAAUAUUAGUGCUAUACCUGUGCAUGUAUACUGUUCAAAGAACAUUGGAUGAUGUUGGUCAAGACAUGUUUUGAAACAGUGGGAAACUUUUACAGUACUCACAGUGAUUUGAACAUUUUGUUUGUUGAAAUAUUUGUACUAUACUGCUACAUGUAUUCUGGUUGAGGCCUUGAAAGAAUACAUGUAUGGGAUGAUUUUGGUUAAAGAGUAUUCGAAACAGUGGGGAAUAUAAGCAGUUGGAUGGUAGACUGUUUUAGAAGUGAUAGCUAGUAGACUUUAAAAGAACAGUAAUUUUGUACACUGGGUCAAGGUCGUCUUAGGAAAGCUGAGAGACUGCAAUAGUAAAAUAAAUUUGAACACUAGGAUCAAGGUCAAGGAGACUAUUACAAAACAGUGGUCAAGGUCGUCUAAGGAAAGAUUAGAAACUACGUAACAACAGUUCAGUAACUUUGAACACUAGGAUCAAGGUCAAGGAGACUAUAACAGAACAGUGGUCAAAGUUGUCUUGAGAAAGCUGGAAGGACCCUUAGUAGAGAGUGCUUUGAGUCAACUGAGAAUGAUAUGUACAGUAAAUUUAGAAAUGUAAGAAAAGUUCACUUAAAAUAGGAGCACGUUGCAGUUUACCAUAGGUUGAAGGCAAACUCACGCAAAUUAAAUGUAUAGACAGAUGAUGUUGCCUGAAGGCUAUUAAGUAAUUUGUUUUGCACAUUAAAUUGUUGUUGUUUUUUGUACUGUUUUUCGAACCUCAAUUCUUUAUGUGAUGUGUAAAAUAGACUGACUGAUUGAUUUUUGUUUACUUUCGUGUUUCUAUUAUGGAAUAGAUCAACAUGAAGUUGUCGAUUUUUAAAAAUGCUUGUAUUCAAAACCAGAAUAUAUAUUAUAGCUUGUCUCAUUAAUUUUCUAACAUUUGUGAAAUGGUUUUCUAAAAGUGUGACCGAUGUUGCUUUAUAGUGAGUAUUAUCUUAAACCAAUGCAGCCAGAUCAAUGUACAAAUAAUAUUAAGUAUAUAUAGAAUUCAUGAAGAUUUAUAGUAUGUGAAAUAUACAUAUAGAUUACAUGACUCAUAUAAAGAUAAUGUAUAAAGACUUUUUGCAUAAAAGAUUGAUAAUGCCAUUUAAAAAAGAGACUUAAAAUGUUACGUUUAAUUGCAGCCUUAUCAAAUUUACUUGCAUUGGCCGAUUUUGGAUACAAUUUAUUUGAAUUUCUUCAUAUAUAACAUAAACGGAAUGAUAGUGGAUUGUUUCAGUCAUUAAAUCAUGAUUUGCUGAGCAAAUGUUUUCAUUAUUCAGUCAACUCCAUAAUAUGUACAAAAUUAUGUUAGAUGUAGAUGUGCUUGUCAGAACGAUUAUAAAUAAAAACACAUUAAAACAUAAAAAUAA